AGUUAUUUUAGACUAAACGAUGUGGAGACUUUUAUUUUGAUACUCGAUGCACUGUAGCUACAGGAAGUAGGCAGAAAGCCAGAAGAAGAAAUAGUAGACAGCAUGGUUAAGAGCAGCACGGACGUUUAUUAUGCUUUUCCUGCGUAGUUGUUCCUAGGCAUUCUCUUUUCACAAUUUCCCAUAUAAAGAGUCAUCUUCACCCUCGGUGUCCGGAUCUCAUUGUGGGAAGGUGUUUAGCUAGUUGGAUAGCAGAAUAAGGACAUUCUGUGAGGCCAUCAUAGUGAAAAGAGAGACCUUCGAAGAGCUACUGAUGACUGCAUUGUCGUGCCGGAAGCCUGAACCAGUACAACAACUGCCACGUCACCAGUAAGGAUUGAGGUAAAAAACAUCCAUAGCAGCCAUGGACAGAAAAAGUGCAUCAGUUAGAUCUGCAGACUCUCAUAUGAGUAGAGCUUCAUGUACAGUAGCACUGGCAGCAGCCACAGCACGUGCUAAAGCCCAAGCCGCACACACAAGAGCUGCCUAUUCACGUGAAGAGAUUGAAUUAAAGAUGGAAAAAGCCCGUCUAGAGGCAACACUCAUCGCCUUAGAAAGGGAAAGAGAGGCAGAAGCCGCCACGGCGGAAGCUGUAGUAAUGGAGGCUGUGGCCGUAUACUUUGAAGAUGAGUGCCGCAGUCGUGGACCAGAGUUAUCGCCCAGGCAAAGUGCGGAACAGCGCACUGAGGAUUAUGUAGAGAGACACAGCCAUCUCAGUGGCAGCUAUCGUUCACCCGUAGAUUUAUGCUCACAGGACGAGCAAAUGCCCCACAAUCAUAGCACAUAUGUAUCCGUAUGUGGAGAUAAGGAAAGUAACACCCCAGCUCCUGACGACCACCACCUCGCAGAUGGUGUCCCCCAUGCGGACGAGGGUCGUGCGGGCAGACACAAUUGCACUGAGCUCCUGGGUAGUCAGCCACAGCAUACAGCCUUACCUGCUCACGCAUCCCGGCACGCUGACCACGACCCACUCAGGCCAGGCUUACCUGCGCACGCAUCCCGGCACACUGAGAACAACCCACUCAGACCAGGCUUACUUCCUCAUACAUCCAGGUGCGCUGAUCGCAGCCCUCUCAGGUCAGGCUUACCUCCUCACACUUCUAGGUGCGCUGACCACAACCCACUGAGGUCAGGUUUACCUGCACACACAUACAGGCAUGCUGACCACAACCCACUCAGGUCAGGCUUACCUGCACACACAUCGAGGUACGCUGACCACAGCCCCCUCAGGCCAGGCGUAAUGGCUUACACACCCAGGUAUAAUGACCACAGCCCCACCAGACCCUGGGCUCCUCACCGCUCCAGUGACACAGCUACAUUUGACUUGGCGAGGUACCUAGCACGAAGUCAGCUGGUGUCAUCAGGACUCACCAGGUUUGAUGAUAAGCCAGAAAAUUACUUAUCCUGGAAAGGCUCAUUCGUGAACACCAUUGAAAGCCUAGACCUCAGAGCAGGAGAAGAGACAGAUCUGCUAAUAAGAUGGCUAGGCCCAGAAUCUGCAGAGCAAGCACGCCGCAUUAGAUCAGUGAACGUGAGAGAUCAAGCAGCAGGGUUAUGGCUCGUAUGGGAGAGGUUAGAAGAGAUGUAUGGCUCGCCCGAAGCUAUAGAGGGUGCACUUUUCAGGAAACUCGAACAAUUUCCUAAAAUAUCCCACAAGGAGCCCCAUAAACUCAGAGAGCUAUCUGAUUUGCUAUUGGAGAUUGAGUCUGCAAAGCGUGAGGGAUACUUACCUGGCCUAUCAUAUCUCGACACAGCAAGGGGUAUAAACCCAAUAGUGGAGAAACUGCCAUAUGGGCUGCAGGACAAGUGGGUAAUGGAAGGCUCACGAUACAAACAAGAAUUUAGGGUUCCCUAUCCUCCAUUCCAAUUCUUUCUAGAGUUCGUGCGCAAGCAGGCAAAGGCACGCAACGACCCAAGCUUUAGUUUUUCUCUCUCUAGUGCUGCAAACAGGACAGAUAAGUUUAGUGAAACUCACAACAGCAGCCGCAGAACAGUCUCUGUGCACAAAACUGACAUUGCCCACUCUAACCCCACGCUCACUGUCGAAGACCCAGAGAAGCAAUGCCCUGUGCAUCAAAAACCACACUCCCUGCAAAGGUGCCGCGGCUUCAGAGAAAAGCUAAUGGAUGAACGAAUGAAAAUAUUAAAGGAGAAUAACAUUUGUUUUAAGUGCUGUGCGUCAAAUAAGCAUAUGGCCCGAGACUGUGAGGCAGCAAUCAAAUGCACUGAGUGUUAUAGCCAUAGACACCCAACAGCGAUGCACCCAGGCGCAGCUCCAUGGGUCUCCAAGACCUCACCACCCCCAUCAGAGAAUGGCGGGGAGAGCUAUGAAGCGCCAGAAACUGCAGUGGUUUCCAAAUGCACGGAGGUAUGCGGGGAAGGCUUCAAUGGCAAGUCUUGCUCCAAGAUAUGCCUUGUGACGGUCUACCCAGCAGACAGCCGCAACAAGGGCAAGAGGAUGUACGCCAUGCUAGACGACCAGAGCAACAGGUCGCUGGCGCGCUCAGAGUUUUUUGACAUCUUCAGUAUGAGUGGGCCCACAUACCCUUACACUCUGAAAACCUGCUCUGGUGUAGGUGAGGCGUCCGGUCGGCGAGCUACAGGGUUCGUCAUUGAACCUGCGGAUGGCGACAUCAGCCUAACUCUACCCACGCUCCUGGAGUGCAAUAUGAUCCCUAACAACAGAGAAGAAAUACCAACUCCAGCUGCCGCACACAGCCACUCCCACCUAAGAGCUAUCGCCAGUGAAAUACCACAGAUCGACAUGAGUGCUGAGAUCCUGCUACUGCUGGGCAGGGACAUGCUGAGAGUGCACAAGGUGCGUAAACAGAUCAAUGGACCACAUGACGCACCUUACGCACAGAGGCUAGACUUAGGGUGGGUGAUAGUCGGCGAUGUGUGCCUGGGCAGCACACAUCGGCUUCCUGAGGUCACUAGUAUGAAAACGUACAUCCUUGAAAACGGCAGACCAAGCUGCCUGCCCCCUUGUAAGAACCACUUGAAGGUAAAGGAGAGACUCUUCUUCCCUGAUCAGCCCCAGCCUGUCAGCCAAGUGACACACAGUGACAACCUGGGCGUAUCAGUUUUCCAGCAAACCAGGAACGAUCACAAGUUAGCGCCAUCAAUGGAAGAUCUCCUGUUCCUUGAGACAAUGGAGAAUGAAGUCUUUCAGGAUUCAGCGAACAGUUGGGUGGCUCCGCUACCUUUCCGCCAGCCGCGGAUGAGUCUACCUAACAACCGCCGAUAUGCCCUGAGGCGUUUCUUCGCGCUGCGUGGCCCAGCCAAACAGUUGCGCUCAGAUUGUGGGACAAGCUUCGUUGGUGCAUGCCGAGAAAUGGGCAUCAGCACCACAGAGCGGGGCAAGGUCCAGAAUUUCCUGCAAGAAGAAAGAUGUUCAUGGACCUUUAACCCACCCCAUUCAUCCCAUAUGGGUGGAGUGUGGGAACGGAUGAUCGGCGUUGCACGGCGCAUACUGGACAGCAUGCUGCUGUGUGCUGGACAAGCACAUCUUACACAUGAGACACUCACUACCUUCCUGGCCGAGGUCACAGCCAUAAUUAAUGCCCGUCCUUUGAUACCAGUCUCAUCGGACCCUGAGCAUCCCUACAUUUUGUCACCCUCCAUCCUGCUGACCCAGAAAUCAGGCACAUCCCUUCCACCUUUAGGCAGCUGCAGUCCAAGGGAGAUCUUAAAGAACCAGUGGAAACGCGUUCAACUGCUGGCCGACGAGUUCUGGAACAGAUGGCGUAAGGAGUAUGUUGCUACUCUGCAGUCCCGGCAGAAGUGGCAACACAAGAGACCAGAUCUCAAGCCAGGAGACGUAGUCCUUCUCAAGGAGAAACAGGCCCGAAGGAAUGAGUGGCCUAUGGGGGUCGUUGUUAAGACUGUUCCAAGUCAAGAUGGUCUCAUAAGAAAGGCUGAAGUCAAGGUUGUUCAGCAAGGGAAAACAAAGACCUAUUACAGAACUAGUGUUCCUUCUAUCCCCAGAGUAAUGUGUCAUUUUUAUGUGUAAUGGUAUCUC